AGCCCGGCGCUUUAUCUCUGGGCUCCAUCUCCGAUAGGGCCGGGCAGGCUAUUAUUUAACAGGCUGCCGAAAGGACGCUGCGGAUGAAGUCGCUCCUGCCAUCUGCCUGGGUGAGUCCGGUUCAACAGGAAACCAGAGAAAGUUCGCCGCUGACACACAACUGAAACCUGCAGCCUGCAUGACGAUGAAAGCUCUCGUCUCUUUGGAAAGAUUACUCGCUGCUCUUAGUUUUGAAGCCGUCAUGCUCUGUCGCUGCGUCUGAAUCGAGGUGAUGGACAGGUCUUCGUCCACCGUCCGGCGGCGAGCCUGGAUCAACAGCAGCCGACAGUGGCCGACUGUGGAGGACCUCGAGGGCCCGCCGUCUAACACCGCAGCCUCGGCCUCCAUAUCAGAUGACGACGUCUUUCCUGAUGCUGGCUACACUGGAAAGAUUGAGAACUGGCUCCUCGGCUGUGGAUCUGAGGGCUGUUUGGAGAACAGCAGCAAGCUAAGUUUUGAGUCUGCACUGCACGCUAACGCCUUUCCCGAUGACUUGAGUCUUGGAGCCGAUGCCUCACUUAUAAACUUUGGAGAAACUACAAAUAAGUGUGGACACCCUUCCCUCAGAAAACAGCUCAGCAGUGGUCCUCGUCAGAAACUAUGCCCGCCGUCACUGAACCUGGGCCACAGCAUGGCCUCCAGCUGCCUUUCCUCCUCCACCUGGAAAACGGUGUCAAGCGUGUCAGAGGUUCUGCAGAUGUGCUCCGAGGACGCAGAGGAGACUCUAUACGAGCUGGGUUUUGGCUGCGAAGAACCUCAGGUCACCGUACGCAUCCCUCCUCGAUUCUUCACCUUUCCCUCUCAGGCUGAGGGCAUCAACUUCCGCCUCUUCCUGGACGCCCAGAUCCGGCGGAUAAGAGAGGAAGACCCCAGCCUUUCGCUUGCCAGUCGUUUCAGACAAGUGCAAGUGCUCACGGCCAUGGCCAAUGCUUUCUAUUCCCUUUACUCCCACGUCUCACGCACUCCGCUCCAGAAGCUGGCCACGCCGGAGUUCUCCUUCUCGUCUCCCGCGGAGAGGAUCGAACGGUUCAGAACCAGCAUUCGCAGCGAGCCUCGCUCUCCGGUGGAGAGGCUGAAGGACACCGUGAACAAGAUGUGCCUGUACACCGGCUCGCCUCGCGGGUCAGACUCCACCUCUCCACAGCCCUCUCCCAGAAAGAGAUCCAGUCUUCCUGAACUGGUGGAUAUCGUGCUGAAAUCCAAGUCCGGCAGUGUCAAGAAGCUGGAUUUGGGAGAACAAGACCGGUGUGGAUCCCGUGAGGAUUUUAGGACGCUGACAGAUGGCGGGGACGUGGAGCAAACCCAGCAGACUGUGGAGGACACAGACGUUCAUCAGGAGGGAAAUAAAAUCUGCCACGAGGAAACGCUGGACGGCGAACAAGCAGAUAAUGCUGAUAGGGACAGACGAGCGGAUUGCAUGAGAACAUCUCUAACGUCAUCGUUAUCAGGAGAAACUGUGAUAGAAACAGAAACUCUGUCAGCCUCGGAUCAGCCAGAGCGGGGAUCGUGUCCGACGCAGAGCGACGAAGGGACCGCUGUGCUUAGUCCUGGCGCCAACGUCACGUACGAUCUAAUCUGCCCACAGAUAGUGGAGAGUGUACAUCGAGCGCCGUUCUGCGGUCAAAACAAAAGCCGCUUCCUUCAUAUCUCCAGGACAGAAAGUAGAGAUAGAUUAUGCUCUCCGUCACACAAACCGGCUCUACAAACCCUUACCUCGGAGGCUAACGAGGACUCACAACCUUCCUCUUCUAGAAAGGCCCCGCAGGUGGAUGGAUCGGGAUCACCUAGCGGCAUUUAUGCUCACUGCUGCAUCACUGUGACUGGCUGGGAAGACGAGGACGCGUCUUCGCCCUCCAGGAACCCCGCGGAUUCCUGCCACGCUUCACCUUCCUCAUCCGAGCCAUCACCUGCAGAGCCGUCCAAUGAGGAAGAGGGACAGUACCUGAACCCGUUAACGCACCCGGGCCUGGGCAAAUUCUCCGCUAACCGUCAGCAGGUCAACUCUUUCGAGCUGGAGGAGGUGUAUAGUGCAGGAGAAGAUGAUUUUGGACAACCUUCCACCUCGCCACUCUCUAGAAAACAUUCAUACAAAGGUGAAGUGGUCCGGGGUGACAGCAUGCAGUCCGACAGCAGCGGCUACGCAGACGAAGAAGUCAGCCCCUCACCAGACAGACACAGCAGGUGACGGAGCGAAACACGGCAGGACUGAAACGUACAGGAGGAGCAAGAA